UUUAGGAAGUGGUUUUUUAGAAAAGGCGACUGCAACGCAUUGAAACUACCUGAAAAAAAAAGACCUGAAAAUCACAGCAGAACCAGGGAGCAUAAAGAAGAAGAAGACUCCAGCAGUGAUCACAUCAUGCAUCUGCAGAUAUGGCGUCCGCUUUCUUUGAUGUGCCGUGUGUUUGUCCAGAAAAACACACAGACAAACUGACACAUGCAUGCACACAGAGCACAUCGUUGUUGUGUGUCCCUGAAUGCUGCGCCUGUGUGUAAAGAGCAGGCACAAUGAGAAGCACCCUCCAAAAGCUGAUGAAUGACAUAUAAAGCAGAGGAGGAAACUAAAUCACUUUGUGUUCUCCUCCCUCAGCUCUAAUCGUUGUGCGAUGGAUCGGUCUCUUCUGGGCCGACUGUCGGCCCGGGGCUGCUGCUCCUCCAGCACCCUGAAGGCCUGGCUGCCAAUCCUCUCCUGGCUGCCCAGGUACAAGCUGGAGUGGCUUCAGAUGGAUCUGCUCGCAGGCCUCACCGUCGGGCUGACGACUGUACCGCAGGCGCUGGCUUACGCUGAAGUAGCCGGCCUCCCCGUGCAGUACGGACUCUACUCUGCCUUCAUGGGGGGGUUCGUGUACACCCUCCUGGGGACGUCUAAGGAUGUGACACUGGGUCCCACGGCCAUCAUGUCUCUGCUGUGUGCCUCCGUGGUGGGGGGGCAGCCGCACCGGGCCGUGCUGCUCAGCCUGCUCUGUGGACUCAUCCAGGCUGGAAUGGCAUUACUGAGAUUAGGUUUCCUCCUGGACUUCAUCUCUUUUCCUGUAAUAAAAGGCUUCACUUGUGCUGCUGCGGUAACCAUUGGCUUUGGCCAGGUCAAGAAUAUUCUGGGCCUCCAGGGCGUUCCUCAGGAGUUCUUCCUGGAGGUUUACUACACCUUCUACAAGAUCCCAGAGGCCAGGAUAGGUGAUGUGGUGCUGGGCCUGCUUUGUCUCGCUCUGCUGGUCAUGUUGUUGUUUAUGAAGACAAGUCUGGGCUCUGAGGACGCUCCCACCUGCUCCAGGGUCGCCAGGAAACUAGUGUGGAUUGUCGCUACCAUGCGUAACGCUGUUGUGGUCGUGGCUGCAUCCUUAGUAGCAUUUUCCUGGAAUGCUUACGGUCAUCCCGUGUUUACGGUCACUGGGAAGACUUGCCAGGGGCUCCCUCCGUUCAGACCUCCACCCACCUCAGACACCACAGCCAACGGUACCGUCGUCUCCUUUGGAGAGAUUGUAGAGGCCUUUGGAGGAGGGCUCGCUGUGAUUCCCUUCAUGGGUCUGUUGGAAAGCAUUGCUAUUGCUAAAGCUUUUGCCAGUCAGAACGACUACAGAAUUGAUGCCAACCAAGAGCUGCUGGCAAUUGGUGUGACCAACAUCCUGGGCUCCUUUGUGUCAGCCUACCCCGUCACUGGCAGCUUUGGGAGGACAGCAGUGAACUCCCAGACUGGUGUCUGCACUCCAGCUGGAGGGAUCGUCACCAGUGUGAUAGUGUUGCUUUCACUGGCGUUUAUCAUGCCGGCCUUCUACUACAUCCCCAAAGCCUCUCUAGCUGCUGUUAUCAUCUGCGCGGUAGCUCCCAUGGUGGAUUAUCGUGUCGUCGCCAAGAUGUGGAAGAUACGCAAGCUGGACCUGCUGCCGUUUGUUGUGACCUUCCUGAUGAGUUUCUGGCAGGUGCAGUACGGCAUCGUAGGAGGUAUAGCUGUAUCUGGAGCUCUGCUGCUGUACAACACGGCAAGACCACAGAUAAAGGUGUCUGAUCACGGUGUGCUGGUGAUGGAGUUGGGCAGUGGACUGAGUUUUCCUGCAACAGAGUAUCUCAGCCACUUCAUACACACUCAGGCUCUGCAGGCGUCUCCUCCGCGCUCAGUGGUCCUGGAUUGCCAUCACGUCAGCACCAUAGAUUACACAGUGAUCAGCGAGCUCAGGGACCUGCUGAGGCAGUUCAGACUGCGAGAAGUGCGACUGAUCUUUUCCAGAUUGCAGCUCUCUGUUCUAGAGCUUCUCCUAGCCGCUGAUCUGCAAGGCUUCACGUUUACAGACAGCGUGGAGGCGGCGCUGCAGAUGGAGUCGGAGAGCUUGAACACUGAUCAGUGACUUUUCUGACCUGGGAUUAUUGAGCUGUUAUCAAGUUUGAAAGUGACGAACUACCUCCAACAACUGAUUCACUGGCUGUUAGGUGUACAGCUCAACUUGACUUGAAUCAUCUCUGAGACAAAAGCACGAAACAUUGCACCGGAAGUCUAAUAGUGUUUUAUAGCAUUUUAUAUUCUUUUAAGGGACAUUAUGCUUUUUUUGUGAUUGAGGAGGGAAUGAGAGAAAUAAUAUUUAACGAAAUAUAAAUAUUUUAACUAACAGAGAGCUCCCUCUGUUACAUAAAAGGGCUGAAGGUGAUCUUCAAGGGACCAAAUCUAAGUUUACACAAAAGUAAUAGUGACAACAAGUUUUUUUUAAAGUUUAGUUUAGCUUAUUUGCACAAUUUAAAAAUAUAAAAAACAUAACAUUGAUAAAUGAUAUUACAUUGCAGGAAGAGGCAGAAAGCCCACUGGGCUUAUUUGAAGCCUCCACCUAUAUAAUAUUUUAAAAAAUCACAAUACUAUAAGGAAUACAAAAAGAAAAUACAUUUGGUAGGAAAUAUUGUUGAAAAAUCAUUUUUACAAGAUAUGUGUGCUAACACAUGUGCCACCUGUCAUUAUGUAUGUAUCUAUGUAAAGAAAAAUUGUGAUUGGUUUCUCUUAUUUUUUUAAGUUGGAAAAGAAAAUGGUUUUAAUGGACUCAUCCCAAUGACUGAUUGAGUGACAUAUUAACCGAAAUCCCCACAUCUGUACGAGGAUUUUUUCAGAAUAAAAAGUUUACAUUUUCAUAUGACUUGGUGGUUAUAGUGAAGUCACCUGAUUAGUCCCAGCAUCGUUUCAUGUACAUUGUUGUCGCCAUGGAGGAUCUCUAAUGCCAAAUAUUAAGAGUGAUUCAUUCGUGGACAAGCAGCAUUAAGUGAAAAGUUUUUCUUGCAAGCAGAGGUUUCUGGUUAUAUACACAUCACAAACUAUGAAUCCACAAGGUGGCUUUGAUACACUGAGUAAGCCUAAUGUGAAAUCUGUGACAAGAGUUUUACAAAACUGGAAGUGUCUACCAAUGCAUGGCCUGAACAACUCUUUGCUUGCUUUAGACAACAAACAGACAUUAGGUUGUAUUUAUAUUUUCUAAUCCCUGCAAAAUGUUCUACUUUGCAGAGAUUAGUUUCCACCCAUAAUCCAUCAAUUGUGUCUCCAGUUUUAGUGAUUAUUAACCAGGUUGUUAUGUCACUGGGAAAGUUCAUGAUCAGAGACCGGUGAAAAUAUAAAGAAGUGGGUUGUCAGGGCUACUAUGAGUUCUGUAUGGUUUAUCUUGAGAAACUGUUAGUAAAGCUGUUCAUGUCUUCUGUCUAGUAAGAAAUGUUGAGAUAGGAAACAAACAUUUCCAUUUAUGACAAAGUUUAAAACAACCAUCAAGUUCAACGUUAUUCUGUCACUGUUGAUGUCUCAUCAGUGAAAGUGUUUGAGCAAAUGUACUCAAAUACAUCCCGAGAAGUACACAAACAUUACAUGCUUUCUUACCAAUGUCUCGGCCUGUGUGACGGAAAGUUGUUUUUGAGUCAGGCUUUUUUUUUGAACGAUGCCCAACUCUUUAAGGAAAUGUUUUAUCUCUUUGUAGAUAAUUAAUUUACCAGCAUCAAGUGUUGUAUAAUAUUAUCAGCUCUCUUGUCUUGUAGAACAAAGCACUGGGUCAACUAUUACCUUAUAAAUCACUAAAGAGGAAGAGAGUUUUGAAAUAUGAGGAAGGGCCACAAUGAUUCCAGUUAAUAUUGAUAAGAUGUGCACAGCAAUAAAACAAAAACACAAUACAUCAAGUUGAGAAUGUGAGAAAGGUUAUCCACUCUGGCGUGCAGUGUUUUGUUUUUUUCUUUAAAUUUCAAAGUUUAAAAAAUUAAACCUUUUCAAAAGCAGGACAGUUAAAAACAUGAUGCAGAAAUAUAUGCUAUACAGUAAAAGUUACUUGUUAAUAGAUGAGAUGUGCAGUGCCAGUUUAAUGCAUGCAUGAUCUAUACUUGUUACUGUAUGACCGAACUUCCUUGUACUCUAUUUGAUAAAAUAAUCUUAAUUCAUGGUCCACUUUUAGAAAUGGAUGACAGUUUUUUUUUUAUUAGUCAAACUGAGUAAGACCAUGACUAAAAGAUACUCUUGAAAACUCAU